AUGUCGAAAGCCAAUCGGAUAAAAGGCUCCUGGCCAGGUGUAAGUUGUAAAGCCUGUAAUGAUCCAGAUAACAGCCGGAUGGUUUGCUGUGACGACUGUGGUUUAUGGUAUCACUUCAAGUGCGUGGGCGUUGAUGAAGGCAUCGAGGAUGUGGACUGGAGUUGUGCAACAUGCGAAGCUAAACGUACAGCUAACAGCGCAUCCGUCAUCAUUACGGUACCUGUACAGGGUGGAGCGGAACCAAGGUCAGAGGAAAACCAAGUGCAAAACGAGCAACUUAAGCAGUUUCAACUAAAAAUGGAUCAGAUGCAGAAUAAAUUUGAAGAACAGCAGCGGGCCUACGAGAAGCUACUUCGUGAAAAAGACCGCUUGUUGCAGAAUGCUGUCAGUGAUUUGCACCACCAGUUUCAGCGUCGAAUGGAGAAGCGAGAGAAGCAAAUACGAGAGGAGUUAGUUGUUCCAUCCGGUGUUCCUCCACCUAACGCGAAUUCAACGACUUUAGGAACGGAAAUCCGAGCAGCGGGCGACGUGUAUAAAGCGAUCGAGCGGAUGGAAAGACAACUUAUGGAGAUGGCAAGAAAGCAAGAUGUCCAAACGAAGUGCCUUGAGAACCGAGUGAAAGCGAUGGAAAUCGGUGAAUCUAUCCCACCGAGGAAUGAUUUUGCGAUCGAAGAAGAAACAGUGAACACGGCUCACGAGCUCAGCAGAAGUCAACUUGCCGCACGGCACGCAAUUGCGAAAGAACUUCCUUAUUUCUCAGGCUAUCCGGAAGAAUGGCCUCUGUUCAUUGCUACUUAUGAGAGUACUACCAGGAUGUGCGGUUAUAGUGAUGAAGAAAACCUACUUCGACUUCAGAAAAGCUUAAAGGGAAAAGCUCUAGAAGUAGUGCGGAGCCGUUUGUUAUAUCCAGCAGGGAUCGAAGGUGUCAUAAACACGUUAAGGACGUUAUUCGGCAGGCCGGAAGUGAUUGUACACUCAUUAGUAUGCAAGAUUCGGGAAAUGCCCGCGCCGAAGACAGAGAAGCUUGGAACUCUGAUCGAUUUUGGCGUCGCCGUCCAGAAUAUGUGUGCAACGAUCGUGGCUUGUGGUCUAAACGAGCAUCUUUGCAACGUGGCACUCCUUCAAGAGCUCGUCGAGAGACUGCCACCAACUAUUAAGCUCGAUUGGGCGAGAUUUCGUCAUGCACUAAAUGCGGUUACACUGUCGGACUUUAGCAAAUGGCUUGGUACGCUCGUGGAAGCGGCAUGCACAGUAACGGUUCCGUCGUCAAUAAGCAGCUACGCAGGCAAACCAGAGAAACGAGGUCGAAGGGAGGAAGUGCACGUACAUGUCGAGACGACUUCUAGUCCAUCUCUUGUUCCAGUGGUUCCUUUCAGGACUACGCCGAAGCCAGCGUUUACUCAGUGUGUCCUUUGUCACGGAGAAUGCGGAAAUCUAGGCUCAUGUAAAAUGUUUCGGGAAAUGGAUAUCGAUGCUCGGUGGGCAGCACUGAAGCAGCACAAGUUGUGUCGUAAAUGUUUGACAAAACAUUUCGGAGCGUGUACGGUUAGGCAAGCUUGCGGAAUGAAUGGUUGUACUUACAUGCAUCACCAAUUGUUACACGAUGAGGCCAGAUAUCAACGACGAGAGCUUCAACAAGCAUCACUUCCUCGUGGUAGUUCCGAGACAUCCGUCGAAACCUGCAACACGCAUUCAAGUAACGUAGGAAAGGUAUUGUUUCGAUACGUCCCGGUGCUCCUACGUGGACGAGGCAAGUCUGUCAGUACGUUCGCCUUUCUGGACGAUUGUUCAUCGGUCACACUUAUGGAACACAGUUUGCUAAAAGAACUAGAUAUUCAAGGUGAACCGUAUCCUUUGUGUCUCGAUUGGACAUCAGACUAUCAACGGCAGGAAAUGAAUUCCGUUAAGCUUGGUUUGGAAAUUUCGGGAAUACACGACACUAAGGUGCAUCAGAUUCCCAAAGUUCAUACUGUCCAAAGGCUGGCAUUGCCAAGGCAGACCCUUGCUUUGGAUGAAUUGCAGCUUCGCUAUCCAUACUUGCAUGAUCUUCCGGCGGAUUCAUAUUACAAUGUCGAACCAAGAAUAUUGAUUGGAAUCGAUAGUUGCCAUUUGGGGCACACGUUAGACAGCAGAGAGGGGAAGAAAAUCGAGCCGAUUGCCACCAGAACACGCUUGGGAUGGAUAGUGUUUGGACCCUGCUCUGUAAUACCCCAAAUUAGUUACAUGGCACAUCAUAGUUUUCAUGUGUGCCAGUGUUGCGAGCGAAACGAUGCUGAGCUGCAUAAAACGGUUAAAGCAUACUUCGCCUUGGAUAGCAUUGGGAUCGGGCACAACAUCAAGCCACUCCUAUCAAAGUAUGAUGAGCGAGCGCAGCAGUUAUUGAAAUCUCUAACUCACGUUAAAGACAGAAGGUACGAGACAGGAUUGCUCUGGCGCAACGAUGAUGUCCGACUGCCUGAUAGCAAACCUAUGGCUGCGAGACGGCUGAGCUGCUUGGAGAAGAGAAUGCAACGAGACCCUGAAAUGGCUGAAUCGUUAAAGGAGAAGAUUAGAGAUUACGAGCGAUGCGGAUAUAUCGUGAGACUGACUGAGAAACAACUAUCCAAGAAAUACCCGCGUGUCUGGUAUCUGCCAAUUUUCCCCAUAGUAAAUCCCAAUAAACCAGGAAAACUACGAAUAGUUUGGGAUGCGGCUGCGAAGGUUGCGGGAGUAUCGUUGAAUUCGUUUUUACUUACUGGGCUGGAUUUACUUACUUCUCUGUUAUCCGUGCUUCAUCGCUUUCGCGAAUUCAGAAUUGCCAUUACCGGGGAUAUACGGGAAAUGUUCCUACAAGUGAUGAUGAAUGAAAAUGACCAACAAUGUCUGAGAUUUUUAUGGCGAAACGGUGAGCUUGACCGUGAUCCAGACGUUUAUGCUAUGAAGGUGAUGAUAUUUGGGGCAACGUGUUCGCCGAGUUGCGCGCAGUAUGUAAAAAACCAUAAUGCACAACGAUUCCAGGACCGAUUUCCAAGAGCAGCUGAAGCGAUAGUGAAGGAACAUUACGUCGAUGAUAUGCUCACUAGUGUGGAAACGGAAGAAGAGGCGAUAAAGUUGGCGAAAGAGGUCCAGUUCGUCCAUGCUGAGGCUGGUUUCGAAAUACGCAACUGGCUGUCAAACUCAAAUCAAGUACUGCGGGAGUUGCAAGCGACACCAGGUGUAAAAAGUAUGAAUCUGUUGAGCGAGAUGGGGACAGAAAAAGUUCUGGGCUUGUGGUGGUGUACUGUUACUGAUUCAUUCACCUUCAAAGUAUCCCCAAGGAUUAACGCGGAACUACUUAACGGUCAUAUUAUUCCGACAAAGAGGCAGAUCUUAAGCACGCUAAUGAUGAUCUAUGAUCCUUUGGGAUUCUUGGCAAACUUCCUGAUGUUUCUGAAGAUAUUGCUUCAGGAAAUAUGGCGUAGCGGUGUGAAUUGGGACGAGCCAAUCAACAGUGAACAGCGGGAGAAAUGGCUGACGUGGGUGCAAGUUCUUCCGAGAGUAGAGAUGGUUAGGGUGCCCAGAUGUUACCGGACGAGGAGUAGCAUCAGUGAACGAAAUUCGAUUCAGCUCCAUGUCUUCGUUGAUGCGUCUGAGAAUGGAGUUGCUACGGUAUGUUAUCUGCGUUUCGAAGAAGGUGGCGUCGUGGAAUGUGCACUGGUCGGGGCAAAAACAAAAGUAGCUCCACUGCGAUUUGUGUCAAUACCCAGACUGGAACUGCAGGCAGCAGUAAUCGGCGCCCGCUUGGCGAACAGCAUCACGGAGUCGCACAAAUUAAAACCUAUGCAACGAUUCUUCUGGACGGAUGCGCGAGAUGUUCUUUGUUGGCUAAACUCUGAUCACCGGAAAUAUAGCCAGUUUGUAGCGGUACGAAUCAGUGAGAUGUUGGAGUUGACGGAGCAACAUGAAUGGAACUGGAUCCCAUCAAAAUUGAACGUUGCGGACGAGGCUACAAAAUGGCAAAAGUUACCGGACCUGGCUCCUACAAGUCGUUGGUUUCGUGGACUGGAAUUCCUGUGGGGCCCCAAAGAGGGUUGGCCUGAUAAUAUAUCAAAAUUUGGUGACACAAUAGAAGAAAAACGUGUAAAAGUACUACAUCACUUCGAAGAACGUGCGAUAUUCGAAUGGGAGAAAUUUUCCAGAUGGAAACGGUUGCUACGUCAUGUGGCUUUUGUGAAACGAUUCCCAGCUAAUAUACGCAAGAAAAUCGUCAAACAACCUGUUGAAAGCGGUCCCCUAUCCCAUGAGGAACUAAAAGAAGCAGAGCUGACUAUACUUAAGUUCGUUCAAGAUUCCGAGUUUGCCAGAGAGAUUCAACACUUAAGGAAAUCUAAUCCAUUGCCAUGGAAGAACGUGUUGCCCAAAAAUAGUUCAUUGUACAAGCUUAGCCCAAUUCUUGAGGUAGAUGGGUUAGUUCACAUGAAAGGUCGCAUAGAUGCUUGCGAAUUUGUGGAAGAGUGUACGAAACGCCCGAUAUUGCUGCCUAAGUGCCAUCCAGUUUCGGAUCUUAUUAUCGCCAGCAUUCACCAACGAUACUGCCACAUGAACCACCAGACGGCGCUCAACGAAAUCAAGCGUCGGUUCUAUAUUCCGAAACUUCGUUCGGUGUAUAAUCGUGUUCGUAAGAGAUGCCAGCUUUGCAAAAUCCGCAAGGCAAAACCAGCCGUCCCUGAAAUGUCCGCUCUACCACCAAUGCGGUUGAAAGCCUUUUGUCGGCCAUUUUCAUAUGUAGGCAUUGAUUAUUUUGGGCCGAUGCACGUGGCUGUUGGCAGACGUACCGAAAAACGUUGGGGUGUGUUGAUUACUUGUCUCACUGUUCGAGCAAUACACCUCGAAAUUGCGCACACCCUCACAACAGAUUCAUGCAUCUUGGCCAUUAGGAAUUUCAUAGCCAGAAGAGGUUCCCCCUUGGAGAUAUUUAGCGAUCGCGGAACGAAUUUUGUUGGUGCAAGCCGUGAAUUGAAACAGGCACUACAGCAGAUAGAUCAGGACAAGCUGAUGGAACAUUUCACUACAACGGAUACAAAAUGGUCAUUCAACCCGCCAGCUUCUCCGCACUUUGGUGGCGCAUGGGAACGCCUCGUUCAGUCAGUGAAGAAAGCCUUGAAACACCUACAACUCACACGCACACCUACCGAUGAACUAUUAAGAAACAUGUUGGCAGAAAUCGAACUAAUUAUCAAUUCUAGACCGUUGACUGAAUUGCCACUAGACGAUGAGCUAUCAUCGCCGCUAACCCCGAACCAUUUCCUACUCGGGUCAUCAGACGGUUCUAAGCCACCGGUCACAUUCGAAGACAGUAGCUACGCCCUGAAGCACAAAUGGAAGAUGUCGCAGGUCUACGCAAACAGGUUCUGGAAACGCUGGAUAGCUGAUUACCUGCCAACGUUAACGAGGAGAACAAAAUGGUUUUGUCCGGCGAAGCCCAUAGAAGUGGGAGACAUUGUCGUGUUGGUGGACGAGACACUUCCAAGAAAUUGUUGGCCGAAAGGACGAAUCAUCGACGCCGUCCGGUCCAAGGAUGGCCAGGUUCGAAGAGCUAUGGUGCAAACAGCUAGCGGAAUAUUGGAGAGACCAGCCAUAAAACUCGCCGUGUUGGAUGUUGGUGCGAUUGGGAGUACCUCGGAUCAAUGAUCGCGAAGUACUGGGGGGAGUGUCGCAACUUUUCAAGUUGCUACGCACCUACUAUUCAACAACAUUGGUUCGUGCUGGUAUAACCCUCUCUUUAGGUAUGCCUCUGCGCCAAAGACAUUUUCCACACCCGGUGACCGAUCAAGGGAUCGAUCGAAUUAACAGGUUACGCAAGGACAGGCGAAUAGCGAAUUGUUAUACGAAGUUAGUUCUUAUACGAAAAAUAUUUAAAAUAGCGAGAAUUUGUAAUUUCCUAUCAACUACGUGGCUGUUAAAAUAUAUUGCUGAACUCAUACGGUUAGAACAAAGGCAGUAAUUGCAAUCGAAGCCAAGAAUUUGCUAGGUUUAAUCCAGCAGCUGAAAUACAAAAAGAAGAACAGAAUUAAAACGUAAAAGGGACUAAAACGGAUUUUUUAACGGCUCGUCGAAUAAAGCGUUUAGAAAACCAGAAUCCCUCCUUUUACGUUGGAAUCACAACA